AAAACACAAUUGCAGCGUUUUAGUAAAACUAAGCAAAACAAAACGACAAAACUAGUGUAUCAUGGAAUUUUUUAGUGUAGGUGACUGUUUCAUAGGUUUAGUGAAAUUGCUCUAUGCAACACCUCCACGUACAGUUUUGAACACAUAAAUUGGCAAAAAGGAAAAGGGGGUGCUGCUGAACGUUCAAGUUACCCUUAUGGGCAAAUAUUUUAGCCCCGCGGAGCGGAACAUUUUACUUCAGGCCCCAAAAUAUGUCAUGACCCCAAGAAUCAUGUGUAACACACCUAUUAAAAAUUAAUCUCAGUGCGCCACUGAUUACAACUUAGAACAAUUCUGAUACAUUUUUAGUAACCCAAAAGCACUAAGCAUCGUCCUCGCCUGCAUUUCCUAACCUUUGGUUAUUACUAGUUGAAUAUCUUUUCUUUUCUCUUCCAUAGCUCGCUGAACAGGCUCAAUAGACAAUAAUUCACUCUCUUGACUCCACAACGUAGUAACUGUAUUGUUAGUAAAUCCGCUGUUAUUUUGUAGGCUCAGUUACUUGUUGUAAGACAAAAAUCGCGUGGACGUGGUUGUUCAAUGCAAAAGGGAAAAAGAAAUAAGUCAGACUGUUUUCGCUAUAAACUGCUUCUAUUGGGCGCAAGCAACUAAAUUGAGAAGCAAAGAACGGUUCAGAGCUGGUGGAAAAUGACAAAGCGUAAGCGCGUUGGUGGCCGUCCUUCCAGUUCUGGCGCGAAAACUCAAGAUAAUUCCGCUGAAGGAACAGAAGGACGUGAAAAGAAGCGGAGAAAGCGAUCUACCUCGCCAAAUACCGACCCAGCUGAUACUUGUGCAGAACUGUAUGAAAUUAUCAGGAACUAUCGGGAUGACAGUGGGAGAAUUCUCUGUGAAUCUUACAUUCGAGCACCAAAGAGAAGAAACAGUCCUGAGUAUUUUGAAGUUGUUUCUACUCCAAUUGAUUUGUUGAAAAUUCAGCAACGUCUGAAAACAGAUGAAUAUGAAGACAUUGAUACUUUUAGUGCUGAUGUAAACUUGCUGUUUGAUAAUGCUAUCAAGUUCUACAAAUCUGAUGCACAAGAACACAAGGAUGCUAUUAAACUUAAAGAGGUGUUUGAAGAUGCAAAGGCUCGCCUCUGUUCUCAAAUGCAUAAAGGGGAACCUAGAAUGCCAUUUGAGGAAGAAAUGGAAGAAGAUGGUAAUGAAGAGGAUGAGGAAGAAGAAGAUGAUGAUGAUGAUGAUGAUGAGGAGGAAGAAGAUGGAGAAAGCAAUGAAGAUGACAGAGCAGAGAAGGGCAAACCAAAUGCUUUUAAAGGUGGAAAUGGUGGGAAAAGGCAACUUUGUUCCACUGCAGAUGAUGAUGAUAAUGAAUCUACAUCCACACGAGAUGAUGAAGAAGGUGACUCUUCUGCAAAUAUUCUUGUGUACUGCGGGGAACUUGUAAGUGCAGUGUUGGAAAUGAAAGACAGCCAUGGACGUGUUAUCUGCCAUCUUUUCAAAAAAUUACCGCCCGAGAGUCUUUAUCCAGAAUACUAUGAAAUCAUUAAGGAACCUAUAGACUUAAAAACAAUUUGCACCAAGCUCAGGAAUAACCAGUACUUGUCCUUGGAAGAUGCUGAAAAAGAUUUAUUGCUAAUGGUGAAGAAUGCCCAUGCCUUUAAUGAGCCAGGGUCCCAAGUCUAUAAGGAUGCCACAGCCAUUAAGAAAACAAUCCAGACAAAGAAGGCAGAAAUAGAUCACACAAUGAUGGGUGCCAAGUCAAGCAAAAGAUUGAAAGCACGUAGAAGUGCAGGUAAAAUGAGCAUCUCUGUGACAGCAUUGCUAGACGAGACUGAAGAUUUUAGGGAAGAAGAGUCAGAAAUGCCUGAAGAAGAAGAACAAUAUCCAGAAGACAGUUUACAUGGUGAUGAAGAUGGUAGUGGAGGAGAUCAGGAUUCAGAUAACCCUCUUAUGAUGUUAUUUUCUGAGAUCCAUCACUUUACUGAUCCUACAGGUCGAGCUCUUUCAGAACCGUUCCUUCGGUUACCAUCCAGAAGAGCUUAUCCUGAUUAUUAUGAAGUCAUCAAGCAGCCCAUUGCAUUGUCUAAAAUCAGAUCUCAGAUAAAGACUGGUCAAUAUGAAAGCCUAGAUGAGCUAGAAAAAGAUAUGGAUUUGUGUUUUCAGAAUGCCCAGACUUACAAUGAACCCAAUUCCAUGCUCUACAAGGAUGCUCAAAGAAUGCAAGAACACAUGAAAAAAAAGAAAUUUGAAAUAGUGAAGUAUAUGGAAGAAAAGGGAAUCACCAUUCAGGAAUAUAAGAAGAAAAAGAAGCCUAAGAAAUUGGAUCCUGAGUUACCAUCUGUGAAAGAGGAAGUUAGUGGAGAAAUAACUCAGAGAAAACCAAAAACAGAAAUAAGGAAACCCAAGAAAAGCAAGAAAGUUGAAGAGGUGGAUCCUAUUGUAUUGAGGAAAAGAAUGCGUCAGUUGUACAAGGCUGUGGUGAACUAUCAGGAUGAGAAUGGAAGAUACCUUUCAGCAAUAUUUGUGGAACUCCCUUCAGCACAGGAUUAUCCAGAUUACUAUCAGGUGAUAUCUGAGCCAGUCUGUUUGAGCCAGAUUGAAAACAACAUCAGGGAUAGCAAAUAUUCUGGGGAAGAUGAAUUGAUGCUUGACUUUGAAGUUAUGUUUGACAAUGCACGGUAUUACAAUGAGGAGGAUUCUCAAGUGUAUCAGGAUGCUUGUACUUUAGAGAAGGUGUUGAGAAAAAAGCGGAAAUCACUUGGUCCAUCCCAGCCAGCGGUUCCAUCUCAGUCCGGUGAGUCUGGGAUGUCCCAAGCAACAACCCUCAAGCAAGCUACACCUACCAAGUCUGGCAGAAUUUCAUCCUCACCUGGUUCAGCCAAGAAAUACAGCCAAGUACCUUCAGCUACAAAUGAAUUGAAGGAGUUGUGCCGAGAGCUUUUUAAUGCUGUCAAGGACUGUACUGUAAGAGAUGCAAUUUUUUCCCUGUUUCCAUGAGUAUAAUACAUUGUUUCCUCUGUCAUUAUGUCCUGGGCCACACAAUGCAGGCAUAUUCUCAUGGCAGAAUAAGUAUGAGAGGUUGAUUUUCUCUACCGCAACCUGAACACAAACCAACUUUUGCUUUGUCAUUUGGUCAAUUGGUCAAUUGGUCAUUUGAUUUGGUCAAUCAAAAUCGCCCUAUGAUGUAUUGCAAACUCAGUAUUGAAUAAAUCUACGUCAUGUAUGCCAGUGGAUUGUGUCUCUAUUAAUACCUUUCUGACGAGAAGGCAAAAUAACUAUUUUUGACAACUAUUUUUGGAAAUGGAGUAAUGAUCCUGUUGAUAUUAUAUUUAACCAUACAAUACGAAGUUACAUAAUCAUUCAGUUUAUUUAUGAUUUUCAGUUUAUUUAUGGUUCAGUUUAUUUAUUAUUUACAAUGCCCUGCCAAGGAAAGCACAUUUCAUUUCCAAACUCUAACUCCCCAAAUGCCUCUUUUAUUUUUACUUGUUUCAAUUUGCAGCUUGUAUUUCAUGAUUUGUACAAUGUAUUUUGUUUUGUUCGCUGAUUAUCCAGGAGUUUCCCAGAUACACAGCAAAUCUCUCGGUCUCCCGUGUUACCAAAUCUCCCAGAUUCUAAGGAAAGCGCUUAUUCUGGCUGCUUUUUGGCCUUUUUGAGGGCAAAAUUUUGGAAUAUGUGAUGCAUUUUUGUCGCUGAAUUGGAGGAGCUCUACUUUUAACAACGUUUUGUUUAGAGUCAAGAAGGUAAAAAUUGGCGAUCUCUCAGAUUUAAAUUUUUUUUAGGUUGGCUUCUCAGCUCUGGAAUGGAAAAAGCAACAAUAUAAUUUUCUUAAAGACAGCUGCAGCGCUUGCUAGCACACACCAAUUAUUUAAUUUAAUUUAUUUUGUUCAAAUUAGAACAUAAUUAAUAUAUUUCUUCCUCAGUCAUGAGCUUCGCUGAAUGCUUGAUUCCAAAAAUUUAAUUAUAUUCAUGUCUCAAGGAAAAUCUCAACAGAGAGAGGUUGCUCCAAAACCCCUCUCCUCCCAACCCCCCAGGAUUUGCCAUGGCAACUUUUAUACUCAGGGCUCCUUAAAAAUUUCCAUAGGCAACAGCCUUGUGUAGACCUUCCAAGAACAUUUAAGAGCCACUGCCUGUAAGUAUGGAGAAUCCAACGACCAGUCGGAAAAUUCGGAUUUUCUUUUGUUGCAUCGAAAAGACCCUUUUGGUGAAGUAUUUUCAGAAAUAC